UGUACAAAACAGAAGCAGUAUUUUUUUAUAGCUACCAGUGUGCAAUCCAGAAUUUUCGUUCGCCUCACUUUGAGGUUAAGUGCACUACCGACUGAUUGCCUUGCUUUAGCUGCUCUUCGUUUGUUAAAUAUCUGUGCAUUAAAAUGGCUUUAUCUGUUCCAAAAGCCCCGGGAAUGGCGCAAAUGCUUAAGGAUGGCGCCAGGAUGUAUAGUGGUCUGGAGGAGGCGGUCUAUCGCAACAUCAGUGCCUGUAAGGAGUUCUCACAGACAAUGCGUUCUGCCUACGGCCCCAACGGCAUGAACAAAAUGAUAAUCAAUCACAUUGAGAAGCAGUUUGUAACAAGCGAUGCGGGCACCAUAAUCCGCGAAUUGGAUGUAGAGCAUCCAGCGGCCAAGCUGAUUGUAAUGGCAAGUCAAAUGCAAGAUGCCGAGGUUGGUGACGGCACCAAUUUUGUGGUCGUGCUGGCUGGAGCGCUGCUUGAAUCAGCAGAGGAGCUGCUGCGCUUGGGCAUCACCACAGCCGAAAUAGCUGAUGGAUAUGAGAAGGCAUUGAACAAAGCGCUAGAGAUUCUGCCAACUCUGGUGUGCCAUAAGGUGGAAGAUUAUCGCGAUGUCAACAAAGUCAAGGAAGUCCUACGCUCGGCCAUUAUGUCGAAGCAGUACGGCCAGGAGGAUUUUCUCACGGAACUGGUGAGCAAGGCCUGCGUGUCCAUAUUGCCCGAUGAUGGCACCUUCAAUGUGGACAACAUCCGCAUCUGCAAGAUUCUGGGCAGUGGCAUUUACAAGUCGGAAGUGGUGCGCGGCAUGGUCUUCAAACGUUUUGUCGAGGGCGAUGUUUCAUACGCUGAAAAGGCAAAGAUUGUUAUAUUCUCGUGCCCGGUCGAUAUCAUACAGACGGAGACGAAAGGCACGGUGCUGAUCAAGUCGGCGGAUGAGCUAAUGAACUUCUCCUCGGGUGAGGAGGGCUUGUUAGAGAACCAAAUCAAAGCCAUUGCCGAUACGGGCGUUAAGGUUGUGGUAGCUGGUGGCAAAGUCGGGGACAUGGCCUUGCAUUUUCUGAACAAAUACGGCCUGAUGGCUGUUCGCUUGAAUUCCAAAUUCGAUUUGCGUCGCUUGAGCCGUGCCGUAAAUGGCACAGUGCUGCCGCGCAUCACAACACCCAGCCAGGAAGAGUUAGGCUAUUGCGACAAGGUCUGCAUUGAAGAGUUGGGUGACACCACAAUUGUGGCGUUCAGAAAUGAGGGCAAGGACUCACGCAUUGCCACCAUUGUAAUUCGUGGUGCCACAGAUAAUUUCAUGGAUGACAUCGAGCGCGCCAUGGACGACGGUGUCAACAAUUUCAAAUGCCUAACUCGCGAUGGUCGUUAUCUGCCCGGCGCAGGUGCUACUGAAAUAGAGCUGGCUACACAGCUGUCUGCCUUUGCAGACACUUUGCCCGGUUUAGACCAAUACGCUGUGCGCAAAUUUGCCAAUGCACUCGAAGUCUUCCCCAAGGCUCUGGCCGAAAACUCUGGCUCCAAUGGCACAGACAUUGUCAAUCAGCUGUACCUGGCACACAAUUCGGAGAAGGGCAAGAAUGUUGGUUUUGACAUUGAAGCGGAGAAAGCUACGACUCUCGACGCUGUUGAGGCGAAACUGUUUGAUCUGUAUCAAGCCAAAUUCUGGGGUCUCAAGUAUGCCGUCAGUGCGGCUGCAACCAUAUUAAAAGUGGACCAGAUUAUCAUGGCCAAGCGUGCUGGAGGGCCAAAACCGCGACAGGCGGCUGGCAGCGAUGAUGAGAGUUAAGCUUAUGUAAUAUUAAACGAUUCGAUAAAAUGUAAAGCUUAAUUAUUUUAGUUUCGAAGAACCCUUUACAUGUAUUUUCACAUAUUCUUUGUCACACAUGGAAAUUAUAAAUUUCAUUAACACACACACACACACACCCAAAAAAAAAACUCACAUACACAGCUUCUUUGUAUUAAUAAACUAAAACCUUAAAAAACUAAA